AUGCCGGUGAUGGACGAGUUACCCGCGAUGGCGGAUGUCAUUAUCCUUGGCACUGGUCUUCCAGAGUCCAUCAUUGCGGCUGCGUGCGCACGAGCUGGCCUCAGCGUUCUUCACCUCGACAGGAACAAUUUUUAUGGGGAUUUGUGGUCAUCAUUCAAUAUUCGAACCAUCGAUCAGUGGAUUACAAAUGAUCGCAGAAACGGCACCGUGUCUGAUGUCGACCCGGAGUCUCUGCUACGCAGUGGUGAACAGUUCAUUGCGGCCGGUUGUCAUUCCUUCGUUGAAAAUGUACGUCAGCAUCCUCACAGCGAGUAA